AUGAAAUUGUUAACACAAUAUCUAUUGUUAAUGAAUAAGGAAACAAACGAUACGAUUGAAAUUUUAUGCCGAAAUUGGAAAAUUGACGCAUCUGAAGCACUUCGUGUUGGAUACGGUGGUUUACCGUUCGGGUAUAUUGUAGUAAGCGGAUAUACAACACCAGAAUUUGGAAAUGCUCUUGAUGUACGGAUGCUACCUGCAGAUCCAGGAUCAGUGACAAUUCCGGCAAUCAAUAUGGAUAGGCAAAUUGCAAGACUAGAAUCAUUGAUAAAACAGUAUCCAACACAGAAUUUGAUUGUUUGGCCCGGUUCAGUACCACUGAUAAAUGAUAAAGGACUUUAUUUUUUGCUUACACGGAGAAGAGGUCAAAUGCUAGUUUAUGAAACAAGUCUUCUUGGUGCAAUUGAAUUUUUACCGGAUGGAACAUAUAAUCCAAUGUUGAUUACGGUAGAUGAUUCCGCUGUUAAGCAUCUUUCAGAACGAGAACUUUGCAUUAAUUAUGUAUCUAUGUUGGCUCAACGUAACCGGACUUGUUGGAUGAAUUCUGUUGUGCCAUCUGAUCCAUCCCACUGGAGAAAUAUUCUGGAGAGAAUUGCCGUUGUUCAUGUUGGUGUACUUUGGAACAUUGUUCCUAUGGUUAUCACAUAUCGAUGGAGGCUUCUGUGCCUAUUGGCGAAUUGUACUUGGCUAAAAUCAGGUGGUCAUGCGAUGAUUGACAUAGUGAAUGACGGCAGCGCAGUAAUGUCCGAAUUAACCCACGAUUGUAACAUUAUACGAAUUACGGAAUUUCCAUCGCCUUUUGUUCCUCAAACGCUCCGACGACAAGCACUAAAUAAAUGCAUUGAUCUGUACCAAAAACUGUGUUCUUCUGAAAUGCUUCGACUAGAAUGUGGAAUUGCAGAUUAUCCGGAAUUAUAG